CUCCCCCCACCGUUCUCCUCCGUCCCUCUCGAUUCCAAUCCCCGCCCUGGCGUCUCUCUGGCGCUGCGUCCGCCCGUGUUUGCGGACGUUCGCAGCCCCGCAGCGCAGAGCCAUGGCUGUACUGGCGAGCGUGGCCGAUGUGGAGAUCGAUUCUGACGGGGUUUUCAAAUAUAUCCUGGUGAGAGUGAGCAAGAAGGGCGGCCUGGAGCACAAGGACGUUGUGAGGGGCAACAAAACUGCCGAGUUCCACAAUAACAUCUUUGAAAAGUUGUCUCCUGAAAUGGAAAAGCUUGAGCUGGAAUGCAAGUGUCUUGGAGGUGGAAAGAUUGAUCACAACAGCAAGCAGAAAAAAAUUCGAGUAUUCGGUAUUUCCAUGGUGAAUAACCUAUUACAACUCUUAAAGGUUUUGGGAAAGCGGAUCACUCCAUUUCUGUGGAAAAACUGAAGUCUGUGUACAAGGACUAUGAAAUUACCUGGUCAGAUGACACCAAGUGAAAACGAGUCACUGGAAGCCUGUCUAUCAACAAAAUCGUUGUAAAACUGUUUUCACUUUCUUUUGUUGAAAUGACUUCAGUGUUACUGGAUGAGACUAGCUUGUUGCCUUGAAGUAGUUUGUUUAUAGUAUUCAGUUGAGCUAUGGCAGUACUUAGGGACCUUGCAGACUGUGGUAUUAAAGAGUACCUGUAUAGAAUGUACUUUUCAAUACAUUGCCCAAUAAAUGAUCUGUUGUGAGUUUGCCUCGAA